AUUCGUGUAAACUUUUAUACAAUCACUAUAUUGAGCUCCAAUCAUAUGCUGUAAUUGUUUGCUCCAUUUUCUCGUUCUCUCAUACUUGGUUUGACCCUUAUCCCUCGAUCACACUUCUUUCUUCUGCAGAUUCCGAGUGCCACUGUUUCCCUUCCGCCGUCGCUGCCUACUCCUAGUUCUUGGGUUCAUUGAAGUGAAUCUUGUUCUUUAAAAGCCUAAUUUCACCUUUCUAAGUAAUACUUGGGGUUUUAUGACGAUAUUGGUUUGAGAGCGAACUAGAGAAAGUGAAAGGUGAACCACUGAACCAGUACCAAUCGGGUGAUGAACCUCCGAAUGACGAGGUGAGUCAGCUGGGUUUGGCCUUGCUGCUGUAUUUUGGAAGGAACUCAUUUCUUAGACUGGAAAUUUAACACAAUCAGCUAUGCAAAUAGCUUCCAGUCAUCUAUACUUUUGUUGUCCUGACAGAAAAAGAAGCAUAAAACCGGAUGGAUGGUUUAAAAUGCAAAUCCCGUGUUCACAUCAACAGGUUAAAAGUAUUGCUUUUGUUCGAAGACCUCAGGAUUGUAAGUUUUCAAUGCAGAAUACUAGACUGUUUGCUGUUCCCAACACAGAUGAUGGGCACCCAUCUGUCUCCAAGUUAGAAGACUCGAACACAAACCAUUCCCCCAACUCUGAAGUGGAAUCCUUGCUGCACCAUUGGUCGCCUCCGCGGUUUGUGUGGAGGGGAUUAUCAGUUCUUGUUCUUGCAGGGCAGGUUAUAGUAAGAAUUUUAAUGGGAAAAAUCCACUGGCGGAAUACUCUCCAACAGUUGGAGAGAGUUGGGCCUAAAUCAAUUGGGGUUUGUCUCCUAACUUCAGCAUUUGUUGGAAUGGCCUUCACUAUCCAAUUUGUGAGAGAAUUUACCAGGUUGGGUUUAAGCAGAUCUGUUGGUGGAGUACUAGCUUUGGCUUUCGCAAGGGAGUUGAGUCCUGUGGUUACAUCAAUAGUGGUCGCAGGGCGUAUAGGAAGUGCUUUUGCUGCAGAGUUGGGAACAAUGCAGGUCUCCGAGCAAACUGACACAUUGAGAGUUCUUGGGACUAACCCUGUUGAUUACCUUGUGACCCCAAGGGUGAUUGCGGCCUCUGUUGCUUUGCCAUUUUUGACACUGAUGUGCUUCACAGUAGGUAUGGCAUCAAGUGCCUUGCUUGCUGAUGCUGUUUAUGGUGUUAGUAUCAACAUUAUAUUGGAUUCAGCUCGAAGAGCACUUAAACCAUGGGACAUUAUUAGUGCAAUGAUUAAGUCACAGGUGUUUGGUGCUAUUAUAUCUGUUGUGAGCUGUGCUUGGGGGGUUACCACCAUGGGAGGUGCCAAAGGUGUCGGGGAGUCCACAACCUCAUCAGUUGUCAUCUCCCUUGUUGGUAUCUUCAUUGCGGAUUUUGUUCUAUCGUACUUCUUUUUCCAGGGAGUAGGAGAUUCAUUGAAGAAUUGUAUGUAAGCAAUUGGUUGGUGUUCCAUUGUUAUAUUAGUGUCUUCUCUGUUUGUUUAAGGGUCCAUUAAAAUUAAAUCCGAUUAGAGCUUGAAAUGAAUCAAAUUUUUGCAAGAUCAAUUGCAUGCCUUUUGGUAAUUCUUUGUUUAGCUACUCUCUUCUUUCUUUUGUGGGUACAAAUGUUUAGAAAAUAAGUGUUGUCAAUUUGUGAAAUGGAUGGUCUCCAAUUUUUUUUCC